GAUGACGUCUACACACUUCCGUAACUUAUAAACAAAAAAUUCUGUCGAGACAAGUUUGAAUUCUAAUUCCGCUGCAAUAAACCCGUAUAUUGUUAAAUAUUUAAAAUGUCACAACAAGGUGCAGCCUUGCAAAGUUAUAACAAUGAGCUUGUUAAGUGUAUCAAUGACUUGUGUGGCAAGAGAGAUGAGCUUCAUAAACAGAUAAUGCAGGAAGAGGAGGAGAAACAAAAGCUUCAGAAUGACAUUAGAAUAUUGACAGAGAGACUUGCCAAAGUGAAUGAGAGUUUGAGUAAAAAGAUGGCUUCUAGAAAUGAAUUUGACAAAACUAUAGCUGAAACUGAGGGUGCUUACAUGAAGAUUUUAGAAAGUUCACAGACCUUGUUGAAUGUCCUCAAAAGAGAAUCACAGAGUUUACGAGAAAAAUCUACAGUAAAAUCCAGCGGCACUGCCAUGUCCUGAUAUACUUCAUAGCAUUUCAGAAAUUAUUGUGAUAUAAACUGUCUUUUUUUUUUAUUUAACGGUAUGAAAUGAUUUACACUUAAGUUUCAGUAUAAAAUGUAGCAAGUUUGAAUAGGAAAACUAUUUUUUUGGAAGAAAUCAUGACAUUUUGUUCGGAAAUACCAUAUUUUAUGACUACCGGUAUUAUGAAAGUCUGCUGAAUGUUUUAUUUAGUAAUUUCGAAAAAAUAUACUAAAUUUUUGGAAUAUUGCUUCAAAUAAAUAUGACUUUUUUGAAUGAUUUCAAUGGGAAAACAUUAAAAAGAGAACAGACUUGUAUAAUGUUUACAUAUUUAUGUCAAAAUUUAAACGAGUGUUCAGUUUUAUUUUGUUGACUGAACACUUGAAAGCUGGACAGAGAUUUUCAUUAGAAUUAUUAUUAUGUAUUAAGUUUUAAAAUGAACAGUAGUCUUGAUAAUUUUAGCUUAGCUUUGCAAAAGAAGAUAUUCUAUAAACAGUCUCUCUCUGAUAGCUACCUCUUACUUACCUUGUCCUGAUAAAUGAUCAAAAAGUUUUCUAUUAUUUCAGUGUAGGAAAUCCCUCUCCUUAACCCUUACCCUGCUAAAUUUCUAUAAUGAACUUGUCUAUCCUUCAAUUUUGACAGUACCAUUAACUGUUUAAAGGGGUGUUGUGCAGACUGAUCAUGAUCUGCACUGGUUGCAAAGGCAGAGUCAGUCCUGUUAAGCAUGAUAAGGGUUAAGUUGAGCUGACUUUUUUCUGUGUCCAUAACCACUCAUUCACACACUGUAUCCCUCUUUUUUGAGAUUUCUGGCAUUGUCAUACUGUUGGUUACAUAUUUCUAAAAAAUGUUUUGUCUAACAUCAAGGGGGCACCAGUUAUGUCUGUCUAGUUGUUGCUAAUGCUCUGACAGAGUUCCCCUAAGUUUGCAGGCUGUAAAAUAUAAUAUUUUGAAAAACAAGCAAUAUUUUAUCUAUUGGUUGACAAAAAUUUAUGUAAUUUUUGACAAUUUGAAGACUGGGUCAUAAAUGUGCUGCUCUCUAAAUGUUGCUGGUGGAAUGUAUGAACUGUAAUGCGCAUUAAAUCAUUCGCCAUUUGAGCUACAGUAAUGCUAUCUGUGUAUGUGUAUGUACUUUAAAGAUUUGUUAUUUCAAAGUUCGAUUAUAUUUUGGUAUUAAAUUUAAAACAUUUUAAUUGAAAGAAUAAACUAAAUUGUAAACAAGUAGUGAAAUGCAGUUUAAUUAUUUAUUUUAAGUAUAAAAUAUAUAUAUGCUGUGUUUAUUAUAUGUAUGGGGGCAGUGUAAGAAAUUGUAAUGAAGAAUGCAUGUAUUUGAGUUUCUGGGUUAUGAUAAUUUACGAUCAUGGAUACUAUCGUUUAACAUUUGUUGGCAAGUGGUUCUGCUGUGCAGGCUGAUCAUAAUCUGCACUGUUCGCUAUAUGGUCAGUAAAUUUUCAGUGAACAAACCUUCGAAUAAUAAAUGGUACUGUCUAAAUUGAAUGGUAGACCAGUUCAUUUUGUUUUAGAAAUAUAGAAAGUUAAGGUUUAAAAGGAUGUGCAUCCUCUAACAUGUUCAUUAGUUAUGAAUACAACAUACUUAAUCUAUGGAUGCUGUUUCCAUAUGUGCCUUACAUUGUGAAUUCAAAGCUAUAUUCAUGUUUUUUAUGUAAUACUGUACUGUUCUUUGAAAAUUAUUUUGUAAAUGUAAUAUUUAUACUAUCGGACUUACCGUCUGUUUCAAAAUAUUUGAUGCUGUUAUACAAGACAUUUCCCUUUAAAGUUUCAAGUAGAUGGUUUUUACAAUAUAUUUAAUGAUAACCAUUUUACUUGACAUAGUAUGUUUCUUUACCGGGAAUUGCUUGUUUGUUUAGAGAGAAAUAAAGACCGAUUUUGCUGUUUAUUUCCUAACAUGUUAUGUAAAGCAUGUCAUAUAUAAAUAGAUAAAUCAGCAGAAGUCUCUAUGUCUUAUUUUGGUUACUCAAGUGUUUGCUGAAAGCAUACUUAUGUGAAGAAAACACAAAUCUUAAUGCCAGUUUUUUUUUUAACACAGUCAUAAUUGUACUCUAAAUUAACCUUUAGCCUGCUGGUGACAUGUAAUUCUGCCUUUGUGACCAAUGCAGACCAAGAUCAGCCUGCACAUUCAUGCAGGCUGAUCAUGGUCUGCACUGUUUGCUAUUUAGUCAGUAAAUUUUCAGUGAACACCUCUUUGAAUAAUAAGUGGUACUGCCCAAAUUGAAUGAUAGGCCAGUUCAUUUUAGAAAUUUAGCAGGCUAAAGGUUAAGCAUACACUUGCGGUACAUUGUAAAGAAACACACUGCCUUACUGACCAGGAUCUUAAAGACUAGAAAAAUGUUGUUUGUUACUUUAUAUAUUCCACAUUAGCCUUCAGAUUGUAGGUUUUGGUAAUACUGUUGUUUAUGUUCCGACUUUCCUGCCCUGAUAAUUUCAGAGACCGCGUUUCUGUCACUGUUCACGUUGUUUGUGGUUGACUUCACAUUCUCAUACCAAAUUUCUCCUGAUAUUCUUCAUAAAAGGUGUCCAGCUAACUGUCAGUUUUCGUGUAUUUGUACAUUUGUGUAUUAUAUUAUAUAUUUUUCUUCACGUUGUUUUUAUAUCAAUAAAUGCAUUUGAUUAUUACAAUAUAGUUUUGUUUUACUUUAGAAAUGUCUUAUUUUCUGUCCAGUUUGCCAGAAGCCUGCAUUGUAAGUGAAAAAAUUUGAAAAAGAUGGAAUUAAUUGAUCUGUUAUGGCCUGUUCAUGUAGUUUUAAAAAUAUCUUACAACUCGUGCACACACUGAAAAAGAGAUUGUAAGUAAUUUUUAGCUCGACUAUUCAAAGAAUAGGGGAGCUAUCCUACUCGCCCGGGCGUCCAUGUGAGCGUUAGCGUGAGCGUCACACAAAUGUUAAAGUUUGCGUACCACCCCAAAUAUUUUCAAAGUCCAUUGAGAUAUUGCUUUCAUAUUUUGCAUACUUGUUAACCAUCAUGACCUCAUUCUGUAAACAGGAGCAGACAACUCUAUCAAGCAUUUUGACUGAAUUAUGGCCCCUUUUCGACUUAGAAUAUGCUUACUGUAAUGUUAAAGUUUGCGUACCACCCCAAAUAUUUUCAAAGUCCAUUGAGAUAUUGCUCCCCAAAUACUUUCAAAGUCCAUUGAGAUAUUGCUUUCAUAUUUUGCAUAAUUGUUUACCAUCAUGACCCCAGUCUGUAAAAAGGAGGAGGCAACUCUAUCAAGCAUUUUGACUGAAUUAUGGCCCCUUUUUGACUUAAAAUAUGCUUAUUGUAAUGUUAAAGUUUUACUCAUUGCUUAUACUAUCAAGCACUGAGAAUAGUCGAGCGCGCUGUCAACUGACAGUUCUUGUUACAAUAUGUAGGUUCCUGGUAAACUGGACAAAAGGGCCAUAUAUGUUUUACUUAAUCAAGGGUCGUAACCCUGGUGAUGUUUGAACAAUCUUAACUUGACCAUUGAUGAAUAUGUCAAGACCGAAAGUUUUAUAAAGAUUGUUAAAAAAACUGAGGUCUUUUACACAAUAAUAGAUAUGUAAAUUAUGUGAAAUACUGUAAUAUUGACAGGUAAAGGUGUGAAAUUAACUAAAAAACAAUCUUGUUCAG